AUGUUUGAGUACGUCUCAGGAGCGAACUUCCUUGGUGAAAUCAUUGAAUGGACAGGCUACGCAAUUGCUUCGAGAUCUCUUCCUGCCAUAGCUUUUGCUAUUUUCACUGCUUGCAACAUUGGACCUCGAGCCAUUCACCAUCAUCAGUGGUACCUCAACAAGUUCCAGGAUUAUCCCAAAGAACGCAAAGCUCUGAUCCCGUUCUUACUCUAG